GCCCCGGGCUGUUCCUGCGCUCCCAGCCCUCGUUUGGGCUGUUACCCACGGCCACGUCGGUUCCUGCCCUGGCGCUGGAGGUGCCGGUGCGAAGGAGAAGAGGAAAGCCCAACAGAGGAGGAGGAAGAGGGAGAGGAGGAGGAGGAGGAGGCAAAGGAAGAGGAGGCAGUGGAAGAGGAGGAGGCAGCAGUGGCCAUUCAAACAAGUCUCAACUUGGAAGUAGGAAAUUUUCAACCAAAAUUUGGGACGAUGGAGAUGAUUUUUGUCUCUUUGAGGAAUCAAGGCUGGAAUCCAGGUCUAAUGUCAGAAGAGGAGGGCAAACGAAACAGAGACCUGAAGCGAGAAUGCCUCUGCAGACCAUACACAUGACAUCAGAGAAUCAGAGAAGGGUGAAAGAACUUCUCCAAGAGCUUCAAGGGCAGGACCUGGCUCCCGAAUCAGAAGUAGCUGGUUCUGGUGAAGACGACGACGAACCUGAUUACCUUGACGAUGAACAGUGCUGGUCAACAGAUCAUGAAGUUUCUGAUGUAAUACCGAGGUCAUUUGCCAAACCACCUGAGCACAGAAUUGUGGAAAGUGAAGUGUCUCCGUUUGCUGUGCACAAACUCUCCAGGUAUGGUUUUGACAGUGACCGUUGUAGGACAGUGCUGAGAUCCUGCAACGGUAACAUCGGGGCAUCACUGGAGUAUUUGCUGUCGCAGUGCUUUGCUGAACGAUAUGGAGAGAAGAUGCAGGUUUCUGCAGCAGCUGCUGAGGCCAGUCAAGAAGAAUGUUUAGAACAAAGACAAGAAGAGGCUUUUGCCCUCCGGUCAAUCUAUGGAGAAAAGUUUGUAGAAAGAAUUCAAAACCGUGUUUGGACUUUCAGUUUGGAGUUGGAGUACCUAGCAAACAGCCUCAACAAAUCUAAACAAAAGGGAGGUUGUCCUAGCGACACAGCAAAGCAGACUUCAAAGGAAAUAUGUAAAUUUUAUCUCCAAGGAGUCUGCAGGUUUGGUUCAAAAUGCAAAUUUGGACACGAAUUCCCUCCAAACCACCCGCUAAAAUCAGCCAGGAACUCUGUAGAUGAUGCUCGUCUCAGACCUAACAGCGAUGGUCCCAUAUAUGAACUUGAAGUCAGAUUUCCUGAAGAAAACAAGUAUCCACUCCAGGCACCUCUUGUGGCAUUUUAUUCCACCGAUGAGAAACUACCUCUUGCUUGUUGUUUACACAUCGCUGAAUUCCUCUUUGGAAAGGCCUUGACAGCUGCAGAGUCUAGUGAACCAGUGGUGUACACCCUAGUGACUUGCCUAGAAGAUGGAUCUGAAAUAAGCGAGUUACUUAAAAACACCCACCACAAGUACAGCGUUCCUGCUGUGCCCCUGCUCGCAACACCUUCGGUAAAGCUGCAGACAGAGAGCACAUCUGGUUCUAAUCGAGUGUCCGAAGCCUCAACAGUAUCAGAGCCUCAGGAAGAAGAGGUGGUGGCAGAAGAGGAGGAGGAUGAGCCAGAACAAGUUGUUGUGGAGAAUGAGAGUUAUGUGAACCUCAAGAAAAAGCUUUCCAGAAAGUACGACACACAGGCAAAGUCUCUGUAUAAUGAAAAUGUUAAAAUCUGCACACAGUUUCGGCUGAAAAAGUCUUCUAGGCACUUCCAGUCCAUGUUGUAUGAAAGACAGAAGCUCCCUGCCUGGCAAGAGAGAGAAACCAUUCUCGAUUUGCUGAAGAGCCACCAAGUCCUUGUUGUGAGUGGCAUGACUGGGUGUGGAAAAACCACUCAGAUUCCUCAGUUUAUUUUGGAUGCUUCGUUGCAAGGAUCUCCAAGCAGCGUUGCAAACAUCAUCUGCACUCAGCCUCGCAGGAUCUCUGCCAUUUCUGUGGCUGAACGCGUAGCCAAAGAACGAGCAGAAAGGAUUGGACUCACUGUUGGAUAUCAGAUCCGUCUAGAAAGCGUAAAGUCCUCAGCUACCAGACUCCUGUACUGCACUACUGGUGUGCUGUUGAGAAGGCUGGAAGGAGAUCUGACUCUGCAGGGAAUCACACAUGUGAUAGUGGAUGAAGUACACGAAAGAACAGAAGAAAG